UGUCCCUGAGUUUUUCCAGUCUCAACCAAGAAGCGGUUUUCCUGCGUCCCGAAGGAUCUUAUAUAAAGGUAAGUGUACACCUGUAGCCAGUACGAACAACACCAAAUCAAAGAAUCAUUAGUCCAUUACAGCUCCGAUCAGCGUGAGUGAAUAGCAUAGCUGAAGAUGAAGACGGUCUUCUCUUUUGUUCUGUGUGCUCUGCUGGCAAUGACAUACUGGGCUGAAACAGCACAUGCCAUAACACCAAAAGACAUGCUACAGGUUGCUAUUAGACAAGUAACACAGCUUAAAAUAAUGAAGCAGACUGACUCUCUUUUCCACUCACCAACCAAUGGCAUUGAGGAGUGUUGCGCUCGGUCUGCCCUUGAGUGUUUCAACUCCCAGAUGCUCAACAUUCCCACCAGUAAUAAAGAACUGCAGAACAAACUGCACAAAACUCUUCGCAAGAACAUGACUGUGACGAGUGUGGACAGGUGCACUGUGGAAGAGAAAGCGAGAGUCAAGUGCCAGCCCUGUAAUUCCUACCCAAUGAUCGACAGCCAUGAAUUUAUGAAGAAUUUACUGAGCCUCUUACAGAAGGCCUUCAUUCUGCUUCCAUAAAAGGAAGAUGACAAGUAGAUGAUGACGACAUGCGAAUGUGUGGACGACACUACCUCACGAAGCCCUGGAGCAAGUUAAAGCCCUUCGGAACAAUUCAUCUAUUUAUUGCCUAUUUAUUCAUUAUUUUCUUUGCUAUUAUAGUGAGAAGUGGCCUUAUUUUUCUAAUAUUUUUUGAUAUGCUGUCAGUGUGGUUGAGAAGUGGACCAAAAGUUUAAAAUUAUUGCAAUCUUUGAAACGUAUUUAUAAUGUAUGGAAAUAUAGUGUAAUGUAGUUAUGAUACAUUGUUUUCAAUAGUCAGUACUCAGUGUCACAUACACCUAAAGCUGUUAUAAACUGGUAUAGGGGGAAAGAAUUAAACUAGGCCUAGGCCUGAUGGAUUUGUAGAUGCUGCUAUAGCUCCUCC